AUGCCUUCAACUCCAGUCCACCUUCCAAACCCGCUAUCAGCGACCUCAAAUACCAAUCCCCUCCCUCAAAUUCUUCGGCUGCCAACUGGUCUAGCAAUCCUUGAGCUGCAGGGCGAUAUCAACUUUCCCAGCCCCGAAGAUUCACCUUCCAACAUCAAUUUUACAACGGUUGGAAAUCUCGUUUUUCCAGAUGCCACCUCUGAUUCCACGGAUCUCAAAGAUGUCAAACGCGUUUGGCUUUAUGUUGGAAAACACCAACGAUUAACCGGUGAGGUUAAGGCACUGCCAAAGCCACUUGGUGUCUUGAGAAAGCGAAAACAAGAUGCUGCUGCUGCUGGAACAGAGGAAGAACUUGAAAUCGUUGAUAUUAUCAAGCAUAAAAUUAUUUUCUCGAAAAGACCUGAGCCCGUUGGCGCAGCAGAAAUGUAG